AUAAGCAGAACUAAAGUAAUGUCAAUUAACUUAAAAGAUAGAGUCAGGUAAAAACAUGCUCUUUCUAAGGAAGUGAUUCAAGAAAAGGAUCCAAUUGAAUUCACCUUUGCUUUAUUGUUGAUGUGUGCAUUUUUUUUGGUGUGUGUGUGUUUUUAGAGGGCUAUAACGGUUGAUGAUGAGAAGCGAUUCUAAGGUCUCUUAAAAUCGAAAAAGAAGCUUUAACCAGAGGCACAGUUAUCCCACUAUCUCUUGACACAUGCAUUUCCUUAGAGUUAUCCCACAAGACUCUAGCUCACUAGUCCACCACCUUAUCUUUUCGUUGCUUAUUGAACCUUGAAAGUGGUCAAGAAGGGAUUUUUUUAUUUUUUAUUUUUUUUUAUUUUUAAAGAAGGUUUCUUUUUUAUGGUCAAGAAAGUGAAGUUGAUUUUUUUUUUUAAAAUAAAAAUUCAACUACGAAGUAGUUCGUACAUACUCGUACUUGUGGGAAAAAAAAAAAAAAAGUUGAUUAUUAUUUUCUCUCUCCUCUCCAGAAACUCUCCCUUCACAACUAAACAGGGAGCCGUUAACCAUAGCUAUAUCCACUCCCUCACUUCAGUCUCAUAAUCGAUUAUUAUUAUAUCUAAUUUCCAGUUUUUUGAAGUACCAACUUUUUGUUUGAGGAAAUUAAAGUCAGUGAAACAAAGGCAGAAUCUACUUUAAUUUGGAAGUUUUGGUGAGGAGCAUCUAUGCCCAUGGAAGCCAAUGGGCAAAAAGCUUCGAAUCCGGGAGCUAGGCUUGCAAGCCUUUUGACAAAGAGAGAAAAGCUUCAAGAUGAGCUUCGGAAUAUUGAAAAACAGGUGUUCGAGUUGGAGACCACCUAUUUGCAAGAUUCAAACCAUUUUGGGCAUGUUUUGAAAGGUUUUGAAGGGUUCUUAGGUUCAUCAAAGUCUGCAACAAAGUUGAAGAGAACGCAGGUGGACGUGAUGAUAUUGGUCCUGGACGAUCAAAGGGUGGAGGCUUACCUACAAAUGGACAGGGCAAACCAAAGAAGGGAAGGUUUACAUCAUGAGACGGAAUAGGAUGUAGGUUGGU